GCAGUCUGUCCUCGUGACCGCGGCAGAGCCAGGAACGCGCUUGCACAAGAAGACAGGACGCUGGCAACAUCAGUCUCGGGCACGUGUCAGCCCGCGGUCCGAUCCACGUCGAACGAGACUAGCCCCACUACUACACUGUCGCGCGUUGGAACCGGACUAGCGUCACCACGAUGUUCAACCUCUUCUCCCUGAAGCAGCAGCAGCAGCAGAAGGAGGAGCAACAGCAGCAGCAGCAACAACAACAAGCAAGGCGAAGAGCUGUGGGGCGACCCUCGGCCGCUCAGAUGCGCGUGACGAAGGACAUCGGCGAGCUCGACCUUCCCAGGACGUGCCAGACGGUGUUCCCGAACCCGGACGACCUGACGAAAUUCAAGGUGAUCAUCUGCCCCGACGAAGGCUUCUACCAGAACGGUCGGUUCGUGUUCAGCUUCCUCAUCGGGCCCAACUACCCGCACGAGCCGCCCAGGGUGAAGUGCGAGACCCGGGUGUUCCACCCGAACAUCGACCUCGAGGGCAACGUGUGCCUCAACAUCCUGCGCGAGGACUGGAAGCCCGUGCUGACGGUGGGCGCGAUCGUGUUGGGCCUGCAGUUCAUCUUCCUGGAGCCCAACACCGAGGACCCGCUGAACAAGGAGGCCGCCGAGGUGCUGCUGCAGAGCCGGCAGCUGUUCCGCCAGUACGUCCAGAACGCCAUGUGCGGAGGGCGCGUCGGCAACGCACGCUUCGAACAUUGUCUCAAGUAGCUUCGGUCCCUCUAGUGGACGCCAAUAAAGUGCGAAACUGCGGCCGCUGUUGGCCGCUGCUAAUA